AUGAGAUCAGCAUUCUCUCCAUGUGGUGAAUCGGCUCAGGAAUUUUUUGAGUGUGUUUUGCCUUUGUUUCUUGCCACUUGGCAGCAAACUCAACACCCUUUUGCCCAUUUCAACUCUAAGCAGCAGGAAUCAGCUAAAUCAUUGGAAGCUUUGUUUGGAACGUCUGAAGAAAAUGACACAUAA